AAUAAAUCUCGUACUUGGGGGGUAUAUGACGUGUACUAUAAAGAUAAAAACCCCGGAAGUCAGGGAAGCUAUGUAGAACUGUCCGUUUGAAAUCAAAUACUACGAUCACUGAAAGAAAACAAAACAAAACAAAACCCAGAAUAUUUGUUCUGUUGAUUUUUUAAUUUCUCCGAUUUAUUUUGGGCUCCAAAAAGAAUCAACAGCAAUUUGGAAAUGGCGGAGAGGAAGAAACUGGAGCUGGUGUUCAUCCCAUCACCGGGAGUCGGCCACAUUUUCUCUGCAAUCGAAGUAUCAAAAUUCCUCAUCCAUCAGAACCAGAAUUUGUCAAUCUCGAUUCUGGUCAUGAAAUUGCCUUCCGAUACCAAACCCAUGUCUGAAUCUCCCCAUCCCCGGAUCACCUUUGCGGAGCUCCGAAAAGGGGAGUAUGAUCCUUCUACUUCCGCGAUUCAAGGGUCUUCUCCUUUCUUGUUUUUCUUCCGGUUAAUCGAGAUGCACCGAGCCCAUGUCAGGGAAAUUCUUACUGAGAAAACCGGAUCCGGAUCAUCGACUCGGGUCGCCGGGAUUAUCAUUGACAUGUUCUGCACUUCAAUGAUUGAUGUCGCUAAUGAAUUCCGGAUCCCUCCGUAUAUAUUCUUCCCGUCCGGGGCAGCUAUGAUCGGGCUUAUGCUCUGUUUACAGAGUUUAAGAGAUGAUUCCAGCGUUGACGUGUCCAAAUACAAGGAUUCCGACGAGAAGGUGGCCAUCCCAACUUACUCCGAUCCCGUUCCGGCUAAACUUUUGCCGUCUAUCCUCUAUGAUGACAACGGCGGAUGCAAGGCUUUUCUCGAUCAGGCCAAACGUUUCAGGGAAGCGAAGGGGAUAUUACUCAACACAUUCAAAGAGAUGGAAUCUCACGCGCUCAAGGCUUUGUCCGAUGAUCCGACCGUUCCUCCGAUCUACGCAAUCGGUCCGAUUGUCAAGAUGGAUGCAGUAGUCACCGAUCCGAAAAGUGAGGCACUUUUGAAAUGGCUCGAUCGCCAGCCGGAAUCGUCUGUUGUAUUCCUCUGUUUUGGGAGCAUGGGAUCCUUUUCUGAGGAUCAAGUGAAGGAGAUUGCUCGGGCCUUGGAAAAUACCGGUUGCCGGUUCAUUUGGUCAUUAAGAAAGCCUCAACCUAAAGGUAGAUAUGAGCCACCGAGUGAUUACGAGAACCCGGGAGAAGUAUUGCCGGAAGGAUUCUUGGAGAGGACCGCAGAGGUGGGAAAAGUGAUUGGAUGGGCACCACAAGCUGCAAUUUUAUGUCAUCCAGCAGUGGGAGGUUUUGUUACACAUUGUGGUUGGAACUCAGUGCUUGAAAGUGUUUGUAAUGGGGUGCCAAUGGCAGUUUGGCCACUCUAUGCUGAGCAGCAAGUGAAUGCGUUCUUACUGGUGAAGGAUUCGGGCUUGGCUGUCGAAAUCAAGAUGGAUUACAGGAAAGAAGUCAUGAGAACUGAAGGUGUUGAGAUUGUGAGUGCAGAUGUGAUUGAAAAUGGGUUAAAAAAGCUGAUGGAUCAUGAGAGUGAAGUGAGGAAGAAAGCCAAGGAAAUGAAAGAGAAGAGUAGGUUGGCUCUUACUGAAGGAGGAUCUUCCUAUGCUUCCUUGAAUAGUUUUCUAAACAUUGUUGCAGAUGAUUGAAUAAUGUUGUUGUUGCUUACACGUUUGAGGAUGAAAGAAUGCCUGAAAAAUCUUUGGAAGUUUCUUUCCUUGUAUUCCUAGCUUGUACUGUAUAGUUUGCUUAUGUAUUGAUCAGAGAAAAGAGGUGACUCCUUUCUGCUAUUAGAACUCAUGAAUGUGGGUACCGUGUAGCUAACACGGGAUACCAAAUCGUCUUACAUUUGGCAGGCAAAAAUUAAUGCAGAACAGUUCAGAAACACAGAAAUUCUGUGAAGUAUUUCACCCUACAAUGAGUGCCAAACUCUAGGCUUCCAUCUGUGCCUAUCAACAUUGUUUUAGAUCCAACAAAGAGAACUCGAAUUACCUGAUCUUAGAUCGGAAAGUCUCGCUCUUCGGAAUGUUUAUCUUUUGGUAAAAUUCAGCUUCAUUUUAUUGGACAAAUCUUCAUAAAACAACAAAUAUAUACAUUUUCUCUGCAGUUCUGGAAUGAAAAACACACAAACACUUCUAAUUGCCUUAACGUUUUUCCAAAUUAAGAUGGUUGAUAAUUACUUACAUCAUGGAUAAUUUGAUCUAAUUUACUCCAGGACGAACCACCUUCUCGCAUAGCAGCACAAGCAGCUUCUCCAAAUUUCUCCAUCUUCUUCCUUACUUCUUCCCCUUUUGCACCUUCCAUAAGCUCUCUCACUCGCUUCUCGACUUCAUCUGAUUUCACGAAUCCCCUAACCGAUCCAUUACACGGCCAAACUCUGAUUCCUACACCGAUCUCCUCCACCACAAACCUCGCAUUCAGAUGUUGCUCCGCCAAGAAAGGCAUGGCCAAAAUCGGCACUUUAGCGCAUACACUUUCUGUCACCGAAUUCCAUCCACAGUGACUCAAGAACCCUUUAAUGCUCUGGUGCGCAAGUAUCUCCAUUUGGUCAACCCACUCUCCCACAAUCAUCCCUUUACCAUUCACUUCCAUCUCUUCAAAGUGCCCUCCCAAUAAUUUGAUGGUAUUUGGUCUCAACACCCACAAGAAACUCACGUUGGACUUUUCAAGACCUUCAGCCAUUUCAAUGAGUUGCUCUGUUGAUAAAUCUGCUUGAGUACCAAACGCAACAUACAAAACCGGCACCCCUGUUUCCAGCUUACGAUCAAGCCACAACCUCCAGUUUGGCUGAAGCUUCUUGUGAUCAGAUCUUAAUCCCUCCUGAUGAUCAUCAUCACAUAAUUGUUUUGGCUUGCCCAGACAUAACGGGCCAACACACCAAGCUUUAGGCGCAAAACAUCGAUUCCAGUAAUCCGUAUACUCUGCUUCAAGAUCAUAAAAGCCGUUGACAAUCAUUCCAUAACUCUGCGCCAGCGCAAUAUUCUGCUCGAUGAUGAAAUCAACCCAAGGACCUUUUGGAUCAAUUUCAUCGAAAGGUGGAUCAAAAUCACUCCUUGUGAAAGUCAACUUUGGGAAAUCAGGAACUGAAAAUGGCUCAUCUGCGGAAGUUGUCAACGCAUGUGGCUUCUUUAGGCCGAGAAUGGUGUACAUGGUCAUGGCAUAGCAACUCAUCCCGUAGAAACCGAUUCUUGGUAUCCCAAGCUCAGCUGCAACAUCUUGUGUCCACCCGAGAAACGCAUCUGACACGAUACAGCUCACCGGGGGCUUAAUAUCCUGUAGCAUCUUCUCGAAUUGGGGUCGCAAGAGUUUCGUCGCGCUGAUGAAAUUGAAAUACAACGACAUGGACGGCAGUUGAUCGGUACUUUCAACACCAGGCGGGACGCCAUCGAUGUUGGUCGGAAAAUCGAUUUCAGCGACGGAAAUCGAAGGAUCAUUGAGGAUGGAUUUGAUGGAUGCAGAGUUUGCUUGAGUAGUGACAACCGUCACGUGUAGAUGGCGCUGAGAGAGGAGAUUAGCGAAGUAGAGAAGGGGAAUGGUGUGGCCUUUAGCCAUGAAAGGGAAUAUAACAAAAUGUGUAUUAUUAGCAGCCAUCUUCUUCAAGCUCUAGAAUUUCUGGUUUGGUUUUCUUCACAACCUGGCCUAUGUGGUGUGCGCUAUUUAUAGGAGUCAGCAGAAGUGUUCAUCUUAUGUAUAAAACCGAUCAUUAUUGUUAUUACAGUAUU